ACUGUGUAUCGUAAUGUAAAGCACGUUUUGUUGAAGUAAAGCGCGCCAUUUGGAUAAUAUAUUUGGUGAAAAUUGGAGAACAAAUUGAAUCGAUUCAAAUGGCAUCGAUUGGCAAGAUACCGUUGCAGUCAAGAAAUUUGCCUUGGGUUGAGAAAUACAGGCCACAGACCCUAGAUGACUUGAUUUCUCACAAGGACAUAUUAAGCACCAUCCAGAAAUUUAUCAGUGAGGACAGGCUGCCGCAUCUCUUGUUCUAUGGACCCCCAGGCACAGGGAAAACAUCUACUGUUCUAGCCUCUGCCAAGCAGCUCUACAAGGAGAAGGAGUUCAACGCUAUGGUCCUGGAGCUUAAUGCGUCAGACGACAGAGGUAUCGAUGUUGUACGAGGACCCAUCCUGAGUUUUGCCAGCACCAGGACCAUAUUCAAGAAGGGUUUCAAGUUGGUGAUACUGGACGAGGCUGAUGCCAUGACCCGGGAUGCCCAGAAUGCAUUGCGGCGAGUCAUUGAGAAGUACACAGAGAACACCAGGUUCUGUUUGAUUUGUAACUACCUGUCUAAGAUCAUCCCAGCCCUGCAGUCUCGCUGCACCAGGUUCCGCUUCGGACCCCUGUCUCAGGACCAGAUGAUACCCAGGCUGGAGUUUGUUAUCCAGCAGGAGAGCAUUGAUGUAACUCCAGAUGGAAUGAAAGCUAUUGUGACCCUAUCAUCAGGAGACAUGAGAAGAUCCCUCAACAUACUGCAGAGCACCAGCAUGGCGUAUGGGAAGGUCACCGAGGAUAAUGUGUACACCUGCACUGGUCACCCACUACGGUCCGAUAUCGCCAACAUCCUGGACUGGUCCCUAAACAAGGACUUCACUUCCGCUUACAACCAGAUUCUCCAGCUGAAGACGCUGAAAGGCCUAGCCCUGCAUGACAUCCUGACUGAAGUCCACCUACUGAUCCACAGAGUGGACUUCCCUCCUGCCAUUCGGAUGGGCUUGCUUAUCAAGUUGGCAGACAUUGAGUACCGGCUGGCCUCUGGAACUAGUGAGAAGAUCCAAUUGAGUUCGAUGGUGGCGGCUUUCCAGGCAGUGAGAGACAUCGUGGUCAAUGAGGCCGCCUAGACCAGUAGUCCUCCGUCACAAACGUCUAGUACACAUAGGUCACCUACCAUGGUCCUGGAGAGCUACAGGGUGUGCAGGCUUUUAUUCCAGCCCAGCACUAACACACCUGAUGUAAUUUGUACAUUGCUGGUCAAGACCAUGGUUAGUUGAGUUAGUGCUAACUGAAUUAAAGGCUUUCAUACCCUUUUGUUCACAAAAGACAAGACAUUUCACUCAAGACUAACUUCAUAAAAACAUACUUGUGCUUGUCUGCUCAAUAUUCCUGUCUGUAUUUACAUUUUGAUAUUGAUUGUCAAAUAAAAUGGUUUCUUAUGUAA